AAUGAAAACAGAAAUUUCUGUGUUUGCAUUCUCAGUCGGUUUACGAUUUUCGGAGGCGAAGCAUGAAAAACAGGAUGUGAUGUGACAAGUGUGAAAAAUAAAUCAAAGAUAAAAAUUACUGCAAGUGAAAUAUUAAAUCUACAACAUAACAACAUCAGUGAAUCAGUGAAAUUAUAAAACUUCAUUGCAAGCAAGCAGAUGAAUGUGUCGGAAAAACCUAAGCAAUGCUUUAUGAUGAAUUUUGAUCUCAUGUGAAAAUAUUAAAUAAAAAAUGAGAAUGACGAGUGAAACAAACAACACAGUUAAAAUCGUACUUUGAAGAACUGGAUAAGAUGCAAUAUGACAUUUAAGAGUUUCUCUGUUAAGCAUCAACAAUCUUUGUUGUUGAUUAUUUUCUUCACAAUGAGCUUUGUGGGAGUGAAGCCUUAUCGAGAUGGUGAAAAACAUCACAAGCAUCAUAAUUCUCUUAGCGAUAAUAACAGCUUUGAAACGAUGAAUAAUACACGCGUAAUUGCGCAAAUCGGGGGUUCAGCGAUACUUCCUUGUGUUGUUGAUGCUUCAUCUCCGGCAACAGUUACGUGGAUAAGAAGAAGGGAUUACAGACUAUUAACAGUCGGUCUUACAACCUACAGCAGUGAAGAGAGAUUUCACGUUGAGCACGCAAGGCACAAGGGAGUUUGGGAUCUCCGCAUAAAAUCAGUUCAAAAGAGUGACAAAGGCAUAUAUGAAUGCAAUCUUUCUCAUCAUCCACCUAAAUCAAUAUUUAUUGAAGUGUUUGUUGUUGAGGCUUUCGCUGAGAUAACUGGAACACCUGAUGUGCACAUCGAUGAAGGAUCAACAUUGAGAUUAGAAUGUAGAAUUGUGAAAGCGACUGAAAAACCAGCCUACGUCUUUUGGUAUCAUGAAGAUAAGAUGGUGAAUUUCAACCUUCAAGAUGGAUAUUCUGUUAUAACUAUUCCAAAACUAUCAACGUUUGCACACAAUCAUCAUCCCGAUGAUGAUGAUGAUGAUGUUGAUGAUGACAAUGACAUCACACAUCACAUAUUUCCACUGCUUCUAGAUAGUCAUAACUCAAUUGAAAGUGGACUUCAAGUGGAGCAUGAAACGCCGACAGCUAUCAGCGUGCUAUUAGUACAAGAAGUUCAAUUUAAGCACGCUGGAAAUUAUACAUGUGCUCCAUCAAACACACGACCAACGAAUAUUAAUGUUCACGUAUUAAGAGGCAAGUACACGUUUUUGUCUCUCUCGAGGCAUCAAAAUAUCCUCACACUCGUACCUGUUAUUAAAAUGCUAAUUGUGUCAAAACGAUAUCAUGAUGUCGUGUUUGUAGUCGAUUUGAAUUCACAACACGAUUACAUAUCUACCCGGUACAUUGACGUCUAA